AUGGUGAACUUGCUGGCAGGAGAGAUGGUCCCUGGGCCGGAUUCAGAACCGCCUACUCGUUGCCAGGAGGGAUCGCGGACUCCAUCGGUGCCGCAAGGGUCUGGCUACGGGCUCAACCUGCCCAUGGGUGCUGCGCUGACGGCCAAAGGACAAGACGAGCUCAUCGAGGAGGGAAACAGCACCCUCAAGGACAUCCAGGCAAACCCAGACACGUGGCCUUUCGCCAGGCGUUCGAGGGAUGUGAGCCCGCUCUGCUGCUUCCGUGAGGCCCCCGCGGCGUCCAUCGGCCCCUCUUCCCGCCUCUCCUGUAGAGGGGUGCAGCUGCACGGGCGCAGUGAGGAGAGCGACCAGCAAGAAUCCCUGCACAAACUCCUGACUUCCGGAGGACUGAGCGAGGAUUUCAGCACCCCUUAUCCUCCCCUCAGAGCUAACGUUAUUGAAGCUAUUAACGAGCUGCUAAUAGAGCUAGAGGGCACCACCGAUAACAUUGCUAUGCAGGCGCUGGAGCACAUCCACUCCAAUGAGGUGAUCAUGACCGUUGGCUACUCGCGCACCGUUGAGGCCUUCCUGAAGGAAGCUGCCCGCAAGCGCAAGUUCCAGGUCAUCGUGGCGGAGUGUGCGCCGUUCUGCCAGGGUCAUGAAAUGGCUGUCCGACUGUCUAAAGAGAACAUUGAAACUACUGUCAUGAGUGAUGCAGCCAUUUUUGCUGUCAUGUCUCGGGUCAACAAGGUCAUCAUUGGUACAAAGACAAUCCUGGCCAACGGUGCCCUGAUUGCUGUGAGUGGGACUCACACUCUGGCACUGGCAGCUAAACACCACUCCACUCCGCUCAUCGUCUGUGCCCCCAUGUUCAAGCUUUCACCACAGUUCCCUAAUGAAGAAGAUUCAUUCCACAAGUUUGUGUCACCACAGGAAGUGCUGCCAUUCACAGAAGGGGAGAUCCUGGCAAAGAUCAAUGUUCAUUGCCCAGUGUUUGACUAUGUCCCUCCAGAGCUCAUUACUCUCUUCAUUUCUAACAUUGGGGGUAAUGCACCUUCCUACAUCUACCGCCUCAUGAGCGAGCUCUACCAUCCGGAUGACUAUGAACUCUAAUGCCAUGAAGCACGCCACUCUCCAGACUUUUCGUAUCUUUCUCUUCAGAAAGAUACAACAGCUAAUUAAAGUGUACAUUGCAAAAAUGUCGUUGCUGUGGGGAAUUUGCUCAGCAAUAUCUUUCCUGCCCAAAAGCCACAGAAGGCACAGCUCUUGUACAGGUAUUGAUGUCUGUGCUGUGUUAGAAGCCACAUGGAGCUGCUAACCCACUUUGAUUUUGAAACAGCAAGGCAUGCAUGUAACUCUCUGGGGCAGUUAAGCUGUUACUGGAAAG